AUUUUUUCCCGCCGUGUUUACAUUGAUUGUUUAUAUAGUUUUUUGAAGAAUUAUAACAUAAAAACAACGCAUAAUAAUUCUUAACAUAUUUUUCCAUUUGUAUAAUCCAUUCCGCAAACGCUAACAUGGGUAAGAAAACUACAGCAUCAGUAAACAAGAGCAAAGAGAAGAGGCUCGCUAGGAAGCAGGAGCAGUACCGUAUUGCCGAUGGAAUGUCUCAUGUGACAUCGGCAAACAAGCUGACAGACCUGGCUUCACUGUGCAAAGAGCUGCUGGUGUACCGGAGCAAUGACCUGGACGUUGAAAUGUACACACAGCGGGUCAAGGAUCUCGACAAGAGUGUAUUAGACUGGGCAAUAGACCUUACUGAAAGGAAUAUGAAGAAAUUGUAUGAGACCUGUGCCUGGGGCUGGAACAAAGAGAAGAAGGUGGAAGAGAUGAUGGACGACUCAGCCUGGUACCUCAUAGCCAAGGAGAAGUCCGGUACACUCCUGGCAUUCUCACACUUCAGGUUCGACAUGGACUUUGGGAUCCCUGUCUUGUAUUGCUAUGAGGUCCAAGUGGAGGCCGAGGGGCGUCGGCGCGGCCUCGGACAGCGCGUGCUAAGCGUACUGGAGAAGCUCGCGCUCGCCACGCGUAUGCGCUGCGUGCGCCUCACCGCGCUCACGCACAACCCCGCCGCCAGCGCCUUCUUCCGGGCCUGCGGAUACGUUUUGGACGAGACGAGUCCAGCGCUAGAAGAAGCGGCGCAUUACGAGAUACUGAGCAAGGCCACAGAUUCCACAGAAGCCCAGGAGACUUAA